GGUGACAGCGGGACAGACAUCCGAAUGUCAGACUCAGUGGAAGGAGGCCGCAUGGCUCUGGAUAACAAGACCUCCCUCCUCAACACCCCCUUGCUCUCAUCCAGUCCACGAGGGGCCCGCGAGCACUUCUCGGACUCUCCUUUCAAACACAGUCGCAAAGACACCAGCAUGGACGACUCAGAGUGUCUCACUGAUGAUAGCAGCUUGGACCAAUCAGAGUUGGUGGCCGAGCUGCUGAAAGAGUUGUCCAAUCACAAUGAGCGCAUUGAGGAGAGGAAAGCAGCGCUGCACAAACUGCUGAAGCUGAUUCGCGAAAACACCCUGCAGGUGUGGGACGAACAUUUCAAGACCAUUCUGCUGCUCCUGCUCGAAACGAUGGGCGACAGAGAGCAUGUGAUCCGGACGCUGGCUCUGCGGGUGCUGAGGGAGAUUCUCAGCAAGCAGCCCUGGAGGUAAAACUACGCAGAGCUCACCAUCAUGAAGGCCUUGGAGGCUCACAAAGACCACCACAAGGAGGUGGUACGAGCAGCAGAGGAGACUGCAGCCAUGUUGGCGUUGUCCAUUAGUCCAGACCAGUGUGUCAAGGUCUUGUGUCCCAUCAUCCAGUCAGCUGACUACCCCAUCAACCUGGCUGCCAUCAAGAUGCAGACCAAAGUGGUGGAGAGGGUUCCCCGCGAGGGCCUGAUGAGCCUGCUGCCUGAGAUAGUGCCAGGACUCAUACAGGGUUACGACAACUCUGAGAGCAGUGUGAGGAAAGCCUGUGUGUUCUGCUUGGUGGCCAUUUACGCAGUGAUCGGAGAAGACCUCAAACCGCACCUCAGCCAACUCUCCAGCAGCAAGCUGAAGCUGUUGAAUCUGUACAUCAAGCGUGCCCAGUCCGGCUCCAGCGGCAGCGAACCCCCGUCUGACGGCCUAUAGGAGACGUAGCGCCCUCCCACACGUCAACCUCAGAACUCUGCCCACCAAAACCAUCCGUCAUGAGCUCUCGCCCACACAGACCGAGAACAAAACACACAUCCUUAACACCCUUUCACAGCAGCAAACUGCUUACAUCCACACGUACGCUUGCACUCACACACAGGUACACACCGUGCUUCUACAUUUCCUGUUCCACUACAAGAUGGGAGUUGUGGUGAAGAAGAGUGUUCUCCUGACCAUCGCUGAGGAUCCACUGAUCUCAGACUGAACUGAACUCUUAACUUUGGAUUAAACAAACAAACACAUUCAGUCACAUAGUCCACCCAGGUUUGACACUAACCACUCAAGGAUGAAGAAAUGUCCGUCCUCUUCACCUCCUCUACAUCCGAACACAACAGUAUCCCCUCUGAAUAACAUCUUGAUGUUGACAGGAAGUGGUGCAACUGCAUGGUUCUCUUUUUUUUUUUUUU